GGGAAGGGGGUAGAGCGGCGUCGCCAUGGUAACGCGUCACUGGGAGCAAGUGGACCCUAAGCCUUGUGCCUGGGCUGGAGGGAGACGUUAACGCAGGUCGGCAGAGGAAGGAAAAGAGACAAAAUAUAUUAACUAAACUGCACAUGAAAUAGUAAUAAGCAGCCUGCUGCUCUGCAUUUAAGAACAGAGCAAACCAGAUGAUAUUGCAUUGAAUAUAAUCCAUGAAGAAUCUGAAAGGUCGAAACCCAGGUUCGUCGAAGCAGAGAAGUUUUAACCAAAGUUAGUAGUCAAUUGUUGCUGGGCUUCGAGAGCCAGCCAACGUGCAUGGAAGCUUUUUCUUGUUUACCCACAGCCCCAGAAGACGUGUGUUAUUCUGGAAACUUAUAAAAGUUCCAGAACUAAACUGAUGCCACAGCUUGGGUUAGGAAAGGCUGCGAGCUGAGGAUGGAAGGCAAUAUACCGCCCAGCAGGCACAAGGCUAAGUCAUCCACGAAUUUGACUGGUGAUUCGGCAGUGAAGAAGAAAAUUAAGAAAAAGGGAGUGAAGGAAAAGAAUAAUUCCCGUAAAACUAGAAGAAAUUCUUCAAGUACGCCAUCAACCUCAGAUGAGACUGUAAUGGCUCAUAAACGUGGGAAAAGCAACAAACUGCAUGCUUCUACGGCACCUCCAAGCAUUGAAACAUCAUCUAAUCAAGGGGAUACAAAGCCAUGUCCAGAACCUAUGGAAAACAGUGAUAAAUCUGAUGGAGAUAACAGAGAUCACACCGAAGCAUCCUCUAUUUGCUCCAUCGACCAACUUGCUACCUCCGUAAAUGAAUCUCUGCGGUGGGAUGGAAUUCUUGAUGACCCUGUAGCAGAAGAGGAGAGGAUUAAACUUUACAAACUAAAUCGGCAGUUGAGAUACUUGGCAGCCCAGAACAGUAUGCGCAAGGAGAUCCAAUUCUGCCAUAAGGACCUUUCUGAUACUCGGCAUCAGAAGGAGAAUCCGUAUAUCACCACCAGUAAAAUGUAUCAGCAACUAGCCUCAAAAGAUCAUGCUAACUCUUACUUUAUGGGCCAAAAAACCUGAAGUCCAAAUGCAUCGAAACUGAUGCAGCCAGAGUCAGAGGAACUACUCCUCCAAUCACAGACUGUUUCUCAUAGUUAGAAAGCUAUCUGUAUUAAUGUGAAUUGGGUUUAAAAUCACCUUAAUGUAUAAUGGUGUUUACAAAUACUUGAGAAAGGUCUUAAAUUGAAUCAACCAAAACUCAAGUUGGUAGGGCAGCAUCUUGUUUUAUACUUCCAUCUUCAGGUUCAGAAAUUGGUGUGCUCUUUUAAUAUUGAAGUGAUCUGGAUAGGAUUAGAGUAUUGCAGUGCUUAAGAAAUUUUUUUUUAAAAAAUGAUUGAAUCUGACUGAGUUCCCAUUUUCUGGAGAAAAUAAGAUCAGUGACCACUCUAGUUUAUUCCAAUUAUUAUCAGCACAAAUGGGUAAAACAGUUGGUGUUUUAACCAAUACAGUCUAAUGGCUUUUUUCUCCCUCCUGUAAAUUCAGACCAAAUCAAACUUGAGCUGUUUGAACAGAUGUCUGUAAUUGAUAACCCAGGACACCAAGCACCUUCUCUUGCCAUAGUCUUGUUCCUUAGCGAGAGACGUUACGAAAUGGUGAUAAUCUGAUUUUAAGGUGGAGUAAAGUCCCAUCUUCUCAUGUUCAUCCAUUAAAGUUAUGGAUCUUUUCAGUAUCAGCUUAUUUGCAACACGUGGGUAGCAGGAUCAGCAGUCAAAGACUUCUGUGUCCCAUGUGUAUGCUCUUGCAAAAGCCCUAAGGUUUAGUGACUUGUAAGAGGGUAGACUAAUUCUGCAGUUUAUCUCAAAUAAGGUGAUCAAACUGAUGAUUAUUUAAGUAAUUGUUCCAUUGGGGUGAGAAACCAUGUAAUUGAACCCGCAGCUAUGAGUGGCCAAUUCACAACUAGCAUUCGCAGUACUUUGAACUGGAGUCUCCUCUUAAAUAGCACAUUCAAUUCAAUAGUGAACGCUUAACUAAAUUCACACUAAGGACACUUCGACAACCAACUCGGAGUGGGAGGGUGGGGCGGUGUUGGUUACUGGGAUGACUUAUAGGAAUGAAAGAAAAGUAAUUUUCAGUUUUAUGAGGAUGGUAAUUUGUAAUCUUGACUUUUUUGCUAUAUUUGUGUAUUUAAAGUUACAAAUCCAAAAUCAUUGCAAAUUUAUUGCAUGCACAAAAAUACCUCAUCCAAAUUACUUUUAUAAGUUGCUAACAACCUCUGAUGUGUAGAACUAUUAGCAAAACUCAAGUCCCAGAUUUAAUAAUUAAAAAGCAAAAAUUUGCGAAAGACGACAUGUUUGAUAUACUCAGGUCAGGCAGCAUUUGGAGAGUCAGAAUGCUUCAGGCCGUUGAUCUUUCUCAGAAGGUGAAGAGGGGAGGAGGAAUGAUUCUGAUGAAAGGUCAUGGAUGUGAAAGAUUAACUCUUUCCUGUAUAAUUUUGCCUUGGAGUAUUCCAGCGUUGUCUUUACUUAUUUAAUAUUUGUCCUAUGGUGCAGUUCAUCAAGGACUUAGUCUAUGAUAACAGAAUCAUAUAACCACAGAUCACCACAAAUCCCCCUCCCCCCACGUAUAUAUCAAUGCCAUAGUUUCUAAAGCUUCUACACACUCAGAUAAUAAAAGACAUGCCUAUUAACAUGAGGAAUUUAUAUUGGAUUGGCUCUAUCAACACCAUCUAGGACAAGGUAGCACACCUGAUAGGCAUUCCACCCUCCUCAAUUAGUACACCAUGCUGUAGUGGUUUUCCUCAAUAAGGUCAUGUGUCAGAACUCACCAAGGUUCCCUUCAACAACAUCUCGCAAGCUCCUGACUCUCAUUAUUGGUAGG